UGAUAUUUGCCGCUUCUGUCGUCAUAAUUAAUGAACUUAACAAAUUAGCACAUAGAUUCUCCUCACAGGUUUACGCACUCAGCAGGGAUGAAUAAGAAACUUUUCCAUAUUCAAAAUUAUAGGUGGAGCUAUAUGACACCUUGGCAAAUGGCAAGUGAGUGAAGGUGAAACGAAACCGAUGAACAGGAAGCUUCAAACACUUCUAUUCAGAAACAGAAGUUAACACUCAGACCCGAUACUCACUCACAGCAUGGCGUCCUCCAGUGGUGCACUUAGUUGUGAGCUCCAGUGCUCCAUCUGUCUGGAUGUGUUCACUGAUCCAGUCACCACUCCAUGUGGACACAACUUCUGCAGAACCUGCCUGAACAAGUGCUGGACAAACACACAGACCUGCUUCUGUCCAUUCUGUAAACAAAUAUUCACCAGAAUGCCUGACUUUGAGAUUAAUACAACCAGUGGCACCGUAAUGGGGGUUAAGCAAACUCUACAGCAAUCCCAAAUCAAUUUGAUAUUCAGCGGGCCCAGAAAAUGUAGCGGUGCCCCUGAAUACAAUGCUGAGAGUUUUGCGCAACACUUUCAGGAGAAGCUCAAUCUAGGAAGACCUAAGGUGUUCUGUGACUUCUGUGAUGGAAUACUGCAGAAAGCAGUGAAGUCCUGCCUUAUGUGUCAAAGCUCUUACUGUGAGACUCAUCUGGAGCCUCAUCACAGAGUCCCAGGUCUAAAGAAACACAAACUGAUCAACGCUGUGGAAAAUCUGCAGGAUUAUAUUUGCCAGAAACACCAGAGACCUCUGGAUCUGUUCUGCAGAGAUGAUCAGAUGAGUGUGUGUCUGUCCUGCACUGAAGGAGAUCACAGGACUCACUAUAUUGUUCCUAUAGAAGAGGAGAGUCAGCAGAAGAAGGCUCUAUCAUCAAAAGUGGAAUCAGCAGCAAGCGCUCUUAUUGAUGUGUUAGACAGGAACCCGACUCCAUCUUCAUCAAGUGGCCUUACUCCUCUGCCAGAACCUGAAAAUAGGGUGAGGCAGGCAUUAAAAAGGCAAUUCACAAGUAUGCUUGGGACUGAAAAUGACCAGCCUAGGGGCAAAAAACGUUCCCCUGUGGCCAAACCUGGUACUGUGAAAAAGACAGAUUUUCUCAUUUAUGUGCUCUCUGAACACACCCUGUUUGCUCCAAAAGGAGAUGAAGACCUAAAACUUGUACAUGCUGGGCUUGGGAAAAGGGUGUUAACUUUUCCAGACAGUUUUAAACACAGUGAGAUUGUCACUCUACUUGAGGAAGAAUUUCCUAAAUUAAAAACUCUUCAGGGGGGCUGGAUGUUUUACAAGUCUACAGGUGGUGGUGAGCGGCGGCGAAAGCUGUCUAUAAUUCCCACAGACUCUGAUGGAUACUCAACUCGACUCAUGAAAUUGGUGUCGAACAAUGGGAAGAACAUGCUUUUUGUAGUUCCACUACAAGAGCAACUUUCCACUGAACCGUUACCCAUUGAUUCUGUGGAGUUUUCAAAGAUGCCACAGUCAAACUGUAUGAAAUGUGGCAUGAAAAUACCACUGCCAUUGCUGCCCUUACACAUCAAAGAGUGCAAUGUAACCAAGACUGACUCUGUAACUGAUGUGACUGUUCUUGAUUAUGAAUAUGAAAAUAUUAGCGAAGCGACUGACCAGCCAAGCUCACUUCACACUGAUCUAGAAGAACCAGAACAGAUUUGUCCCAUUUGCCAGAUUUCACUCCCAACUGAUCUCCUACCUUAUCAUGCAAGCACAUGUGGUGAAGGAGCGUGGACUUUCAGUGGCAGUGAUUCUCCGAGCACUUCAAGAAGAGAAGAAUUGGCAGGACUCUCAACUGCACAAACAUUCACAUUCACAUCAGUAUCAGCAGCAUGGAAAAAUGAAAUUGACCCACAGAAAGCAUCUCGAAUGUUCUGUGAUGAAUUGCUAUCCCAAAAUGAAUACUGUCCAUCUCUGUCACUACUCAUCAACCAGUUUGAUUCUGUGGAUGAGCAGGACAGUACACUGAUUUCAUUUUAUAAAAAGAACAGUGCUAACUGGUCAGCUCCAUUGAGAUGUAGCUUGACAGAAGAUGCAGCUGUUGGCAAAGGAGUCAACCGGCAUGUUUUGUCAAUGGUGAUGCAAAAACUGAAGACUGGCUUUACUUUGAAUUUAGGUUCUUCUACCACAGCACUUUUUGAGGGGGAAAAAAACCACCGUGUCCCUUCUGCAUCAGCUGUAUUACGGGACAGCAACUUGUUCCAAAUGGCCGGCCGAAUGAUAGGUCACUCUUUUCUACACGGAGGUCCUUGUCUUUCUGGACUGAGUUUACCUGUGGUCAUCCUUCUAACUGGAGGAAAUGCUGACAGCGCGGCUUCAGUUCUGACCCUGCAGGAUUGCCCUGACCUAGACCACAGGGAAACCAUUAGUUUGCUCAAGAAAACACAACUCACUUCAGAAGAAAUGACUCAAUUGACAAAUCUUUGUCUUUGCUGGGAUCUCCCUGCUCCAUCGUUGCGUAAUCGAGACUGGCUGUUUCAACAGCUGUUGUCACAUGCUGUACUCGGACGCGUUAAGUGCCAGAUUAAAGAUUUGAGAAAAGGCAUCAAAGACACCGGCAUCUGGCCACUGCUCACCCAGAGACUAGACAGUCACCAUGUUGUUUUCCCAAGGGAGUCAGCUCAGGACAUUACAUCACAGGGAAUUCUUCAGAAAAUCCAAUGGCCUAAACCUGUGGACAAUACGUAUGAUGAAGACAAUGGUGACUCCAUUACUGUCGAAAAAAUGUGUGUCAUCACAGGCUAUAUGCGGAGAUUUAUUGAAGAAGCAUCACCGACCAGGCUGAAUAACCUGAUGAAGUUCUGGGUGGGAUGGGAGCUGCCAGAGGAACACCUGCUGUUGGAGUUGGUGACUGCCAAGUUCCCUGUGGCAUACACCUGUUUCAAAACAUUACGCCUCCCCUGUCACUACAAGAGCUACGCUGCAUUCAGAGUCGAUAUGUUGAUGUGUCUGAACUCUGUAAACAGUGGAUUUGGCCUCGUUUAACUAGAAAGAGAAAACAGAGGGCAGUGUGCUAGACGAACUGUGUUGCCUCUUUAAAAGAAGAUACUGUAGUAAUGUUCUUAAACUUAGAUUGUUAUUUGAUUGCUUUUAACAAUGUGUUUGAACUUUAACAAUGUUUUACAUUUUAAAGUUUGUAUACAUCUGAAUGUAUAAUUUUAAAACAGUACUAGCUUGUAUGUAAAGCAAU